AUGGGGAAAAAGAAGCCGACAGCUCGUGAGGAGGACGGAGGUGCGGUUGGGAGCAAGUCGAGGAAGAAAGCUGUAGUAAUUGAUGAUGAUGAGUAUUCUGUUGGAACAGAAGUGUCCGUGGAGAAAUCAGUUCAGGAAGAAGAGCAUGUCGCACCGGUUGCUGGUAAGAAAAAAGGUAAGAAAGGUAAGAAUUCGCGAAUAAAAGAAGAAGAAGAAGAUGUGGAGGAUGGUGAUAAUCCUCAGGAGAGUCAAUUUACCGGGAAGAAGAAAUCAAAGUCCAAAGCGAAAAAAGGUGGGAGUUCAUUUGGUGCUUCAACAUCAUUUGCAUUACUUGGUGAUGAAGAUGAUGAAACUUCUGAAGUAACAAAGGAUGAAGAAGACGAUGUCAGUGAGGAAGAGGAUACUAGCCUUGUCUUUACUGGAAAGAAGAAGCCAUCAAAGUCCAAAAAGGGAGGUAAUUCAUUUGCUGGUUCUGCAUUUGCUGCAAUUGGGGAUGAUGAUGAUGAUGAAGAUUUACUAGACGAAUCAGGAUCAAAACAACAAUCUGAGGAUGAAGACGAGCCAGUCAUUUCCUUUACAGGGAAGAAGAAAUCAUCCAAAUCUAAUAAGAAAACCAGUGGUAGUAUAUUUUCAGCUGCACAUUUGCUAGAUGAAGAAAACGAGAAAGAAAGUGAUGAGGAUGAUGAUGUCCCCAUUACCUUCUCUGGUAAGAAGAAGUCUACCAAGUCAUCAAAGAAGAAAACCAGUCCACCUGAUGUUGCAUUAGCUGGUGGAGGGACAGAUGAAGAUGUUUCAGUUUCAGGGUUGACUGAUGAAGACUCUUCUACAAUAAAGUUUUCUGGUAAAAAGAAGCCAUCCAAGAAGAAAAACAGUAACACAGUGAAUGCAGUUGAUGAACAAGAACAGCCUAGCACCAGCAUUACUAACAAAGAAGCUGAUGUCGUACCAGAAACUUCCAAAAACAAAAAGAAGAAAAAGAAAGGUGGAAGAACAGCUCAGGAAGAAGAUGACCUGGACAGAAUUCUUGCUGAACUUGGUGAAACUUCUGCCCCUGCCUCUGCCCCUCCCCCACCUUCUGCCACUGUAGAACAACCACAGGAGGAGAAGGCUCAACCUGAGGCAGAACCAGCAGAUGAAGGUGGUGAAAAGGAUACGAAUGAAGAGGCUGUAGAGUCUGCAGCUGCUAAAAAAAAGAAAAAGAAGAAAGAAAAGGAAAAAGAAAAGAAAGCUGCAGGGUUAAAGACAGCUGCAGCCCCAGUUGUGGAGGAAAAACAAGCUGAAUCAAAGAGUAAAGUACCUGAUAAGAAGGUUCCAAAACAUGUUAGAGAGAUGCAAGAAAGACUUGCAAGGCUUAAAGAAGCCGAGGAAAAAAAGAAAAGAGAAGAAGAGGAGAAGCUAAGGAAAGAAGAAGAGGAGCGUUUAAAACAAGAAGAACUUGAAAGGAUUGCCGAAGAGAAAAAACGUUUGAAGAAGGAAAGAGAAAAGGAAAAAAUGUUGAAGAAGAAACAAGAAGGAAAACUUUUGACAGCAAAACAGAAGGAAGAAGCCCGAAGAUUGGAGGCAAUGAGGAAUCAAAUACUAGCAAAUGCUGGUGGUUUGCCUGUAUCUGCACCAACAAAACGACCCAAAUACCAAACAAAAAAAUCAAAGCCACAUGCAAAUGGCAAAGGUCCUUCCACCAAUGCUAAUGAAGUCACGGAAGCAGAGAAGGUUGAUGACGUGGAAGUAGAGAAGUCUGAUGACAUGGAAAUGGAAAAGAUAGAAGCUCAGUCAGUUGAAGAGAAUGGGAACAAAGAAGAAGAAGAAGAAGAAGAUGAUGAUGAAUGGGAUGCAAAGAGUUGGGAUGAUGCUGAUCUCAAAUUGCCAGGUAUAAGUGCAUUUGCUGAUGAGGAGGAAUCCACUGCACCUCAACCUAAACCUGAAUCUGCACCCAUAGUUAAAAAGGAGAUUAAGAGUAGUAAUGAUUCAGGGGCAACUAAUGUACCCAAAGAAAUGCAUCAAAAUCACGAUAGUAAGGAAACUCAACCUGCAACAGUUGUUGCAAACAAAGGUAAGGGUAAAAAGGAAGAGAAGAAGGAAGAAGAAGAUGGUGAAAAGACGCUUCGGUCCCCAAUAUGCUGCAUUAUGGGUCAUGUUGAUACUGGGAAAACCAAGUUGCUUGAUUGUAUUCGAAGGACUAAUGUUCAAGAAGGUGAAGCUGGAGGAAUCACCCAACAAAUUGGUGCCACUUACAUUCCAGCUGAGAACAUUCGUGAGAGAACAAAAGAAUUGAAAGCUGAUGCAAUACUCAAUGUCCCUGGUUUAUUAGUUAUUGAUACACCUGGCCAUGAGUCCUUCAAGAACUUAAGGUCUCGGGGUUCUGGGUUAUGUGAUAUUGCCAUUUUGGUUGUUGACAUUAUGCAUGGAUUGGAACCACAGACUAUUGAAUCACUAAAUCUGUUGAGAAUGAGGAAUACAGAGUUCAUCGUGGCCUUGAAUAAGGUUGACAGAUUAUAUGGUUGGAAAACAUGUCGCAAUGCACCAAUUGGGAAAGCAAUGAAACUUCAGUCCAAAGAUGUUCAACUUGAAUUUGAGCAUAGGCUCACUCAGAUAAUUACAGAAUUCAAGGAGCAAGGAUUGAAUACCGAAUUGUACAGCAAGAACAAAGACAGAGGAGAAACUUAUAGUAUUGUACCCACAAGUGCUAUCAGUGGUGAAGGCAUACCUGAGAUGUUGUUACUACUUGUUCAAUGGGCUCAGAAGACAAUGAUUGAAAAACUUACAUACAGCAGUGAUAUUCAGUGUACGGUGCUGGAGGUUAAAGUGAUAGAAGGCCUUGGAACAACCAUUGAUGUGGUUUUGGUUAAUGGGGUGCUUCAUGAAGGAGAUGAGAUUGUUGUUUGUGGCUUUCAGGGACCAAUUCAUACAACAAUCCGAUCAUUGUUGACUCCUCAUCCAAUGAAGGAACUCCGUGUAAAGGGAGCCUACAUUCACCAUAAAGAAAUCAAGGCUGCACAAGGGAUCAAAAUUACUGCCCAGAAUCUUGAGCAUGCAGUGGCUGGGACAGCCCUAUACGUGGUGGGACCCGAUGAUGACGUGGAUGAAAUCAAGGAAUCCGUGAUGGACGACAUGAGAAAUGUAAUGAGCAGAAUUGAUAAAAGUGGUGAAGGAGUUUAUGUACAAGCAUCUACUCUUGGAUCACUGGAGGCAUUAUUGGAGUUCUUAAAGACUCCAGCUGUAAACAUACCUGUUAGUGGUAUAGGCAUAGGCCCUGUUCACAAGAAAGAUGUCAUGAAGGCGAGUGUCAUGUUGGAAAAGAGAAAAGAGUAUGCAACAAUCCUGGCUUUCGAUGUCAAAGUGACCCCAGAGGCACGUGAGCUUGCAGACGACCUUGGGGUGAAGAUAUUUCUAGCUGAUAUCAUUUACCAUCUGUUUGAUCAAUUCAAGGCGUAUAUUGAUAAUCUUAAAGAAGAAAAGAAGAAAGAAGCUGCUGAAGAUGCUGUGUUUCCAUGUGUUCUUAAAAUCAUGCCCAAUUGUGUGUUCAACAAGAAGGAUCCCAUUAUUCUGGGUGUCGAUGUUCUUGAGGGCAUUGCUAAGAUUGGAACUCCAAUAUGUAUUCCUCAAAGGGAAUUUAUUGAUAUUGGACGGAUUUCUUCCAUUGAGAAUAAUCACAAGCCAGUCGAUAUCGCCAAAAAAGGAUCAAAGGUGGCUAUCAAGAUAACCGGAAGCAAUGCUGAAGAGCAACAAAAAAUGUUUGGGAGGCAUUUUGAAAUGGAGGAUGAACUUGUCAGCCAUAUCUCAAGGAACUCCAUUGAUAUACUAAAAGCCAAUUAUCGGGAUGAGUUGUCGAAUGAAGAAUGGAGGCUGGUGGGUGGACAACGGCUCAAACAAGAUGACAAUACAAGAUGCAAAAUAUUCUAUGAAGAUCGAUGCUCGAGCAUCUAAGCAUGCAUGGGUUAUUAUACCCGUUUAGAAAUCGAUGCGGGGAACAUUAUUGUUCAAACUAUACUUUUGGUGAAAAAUAUUUUGUCUUUAUCGAGAAAAAUAUGUAUUCUACACUUGAAAGUAUCAACUAUUUUGCUUGUUUUUACCAUUCAUGCAUGCUCUUUGUCUGUACAGAAGAUGUGAUGCAUUAAAUGCUUGUCCUCAUACAC